UAUACAGAAGCCACGCUACUUCACCGUUCAUCAUCAACUCCACUCUCUCUUCUCUUCACCUACGCACUUGUAUCUGAAAAACCCACAAUGGUUCACUCAUAAAAAUCUUUAAAAAAAUCAAAUAAAUGAUCAGUAGAGAAGUAUACAGAGAUUUUGAAGAACAAGGGGAAAAAGAGAUCUCUCUUUGGAGAUUAUCCCAUCUGUUUCCCCUUGUUUCUCUCUCUACCCAGAUCUCAUAAACCCUCUAAUCUGGGGUUAAAGGGUAUGUGCAUUUGUUCAGGCAAGGGAUUGUUGUGGUAUUUGGGACUUGAAUGUGCUUUGGAAUGGAGGGUUGAGAUUGGUUUUUUUGAUUUUUGAGAUCGGUUGUUGAUUUUUGUGCUGUGUUGUGUGGGAGAGAGAGAUGGGGAGUUCGAGUGAGCCGAACACAAAGGGCAUUGAUUCGGCAGUUGGUGGGUUGGUUUGGGUUCGGAGGCGAAAUGGGUCGUGGUGGCCUGGUCGGAUUAUGGGUUUGGAUGAAUUGUCUGAGAGUUGUUUGGUGUCGCCGAGAUCGGGUACUCCAGUGAAGCUUCUGGGAAGAGAAGAUGCAAGCGUGGACUGGUAUAAUCUUGAAAAGUCUAAACGGGUGAAGGCAUUUCGUUGUGGGGAGUAUGAUGAGUGCAUCAAAAAAGCCUUGGCUUCUGCAGCUAAUUCUUCCAAAAAAGUAGUGAAGUAUGCUCGGCGUGAAGACGCCAUUCUUCAUGCUCUUGAGCUUGAAAGUGCUCGCCAAUCCAAAGAUCAUCCCGACUUGUGCUCAGAAAUGGAUAAAUCAGCUGGUGAACCACAACUUGUCAAGGAGUCACCAACAAUGUCUGAUUCUAGCAAAGAAAUUGAACGUCUGGAUGAGGAAUCAAGUAGUUUCGAAGACAAUUCUAAUUCAGUGCCAGAAUUCUCUCAGUCUGGUGUAUCAUUUGAAGAGCCGAACCAGGUCGGUGCUUCUAGAGAGCAAUCUGUGCAGGGGACACGACGACGAACCCCAAAUGAUUCAGAAGAUGAUGGAACAGAAGGAGUUAAGCGUAUGAAAGGACUCGAGGAUUUGGGAAUGGGUAUAGUAUCAUCAUUGAAAAGGAAGAGAUCUCAAGUGGCCCAUGUUCAUGAGUUCUUAAAACGGAAAAAUCGUCGCCGUCCCUUGACAAAGGUUUUGGAGAGUACAGCUAUGGUGUCUGUUCCAGUUAUGUGUGAACAACUUCCCAAUCCAAUUGGAUCACCUCUCCGAGGAGUAUCUGACAGCAAAGUUUCUGGAUUAGAGUCCAAUGAAUCAAAGAGAAGUUUCUCAAUGGUACUUAAUAACUCAGACAGUACGGGAGUUUCAUGUGAAAAUGGAAUCUCAUUGAAUGCGUCUGGACAUAAUUCUGAUGCAUCUCUUAUUAACUACAAACAAAAGGAGAACGAAAUUUCCAGCAUGUCAGGGUUACCUAAGAAUGAUUCUGCUGAAACAUUAUUUGAUGUGCCGUUCAUAGAGGAGGAGAAGCACCCCAGAGGCUUUGCUCCAAUUCUGGUAUCAUGUUCGUCUCAAAAGCCUCAUAUUGGUCCUGGGGGACAAUCUAGUCAAAGCAGUCAAGUUGAAACUGUUUCUGUGGGAAACGAAGAACUUCACGAGUCUGGUUCUACUAGUUCAGGUGCUGCUGCUGAUAUCGAUAGCUUCAACCAGAGGAUAGAGAAUGGUUCUUCAAAGUGGCAGUUAAAAGGAAAGAGAAACUCAAGAUAUGGAAGUAAAAAUAAAAGACAAGACUCGAGGAAUUCUGUCGAUGUUGAUGAUGAAUCCAACGGUUAUUUGGCAGGCUUAGAGCCCGGGGAUGUAUUUUCUAUUGGUUCUGGUCGGAAAGUUGAUACAGAUUCUCAGGUAGAUGAGCUCAGGGGAUGGGGUGGGACCCGCAAACUACUUCAUAUGAGGGGGCCCACAGACAUGAAACUUUUGCCCGAUUGCUCUCCAACUUCACAAAGGUCACUUCCCUAUCGCCAAUCCCGUUUUACGGUGAACCCAAAAUAUCAGACAUCAGAUUUUCCUAUCAGAAAUUAUGAUACCGGUUCAUCCUUGUAUGAAGUUAAUCUGGAGGUGAAAGCGAGCUAUCGUCCUCAACAUGUUCCGUAUAUUUCUCUCAUGAGCAAAUUGAAUUGUCAACCCAUCAUAGGUCAUCCUCUUACUGUCGAGGUUUUGGACGAUGGUUUCUGUGAUCUUCUGGUGAGUGGGCCCGAAUGCUAUCUGACUAGUAGCAGCUGUGAGUUGGAUGAUGACCCGCAAGAGAAAUUCUCUGCUUUCGCAAGUGUUGAUUUUGAUUAUGAAGCAAAGCCAAAUAUCGGAGGUGGAAGGGUUCCUACAAAGCAUUUGACGUUGCAUCGUGUUUCGCCAAGUAAAUCACAAAAAACCCGGAAAAAUGGGCUCUCGUCUAAAAAGAUUCGCAAACUGUCUUCGCUAACCGGUUCUCGCAAGCAAAGUGAAGACGAAAAGAAACCUGUGGUAGAGAAGAUCAAGGGCCCCGCUGUAGCGUGUGUCCCCUUGAAAGUGGUGUUCAGUAGGAUAAAGGCAUCGCUUAAUGGUUCAAUUCGACCAGCACACCGUGUUAUGAAAUCGGUGUAAUCCAUGAAAUUUGCUUUUGAGUAGCUGCUGGGGAAAAAAAAUGUAUCCUUGUUUGUUUUUUUUUUUAGGGAUUUUGAUUCAAUUGGGCGGCCUAGUUUCAAAAUUUUUAUCUGUUAAAUUGUGCUCUGCUCUUCACAGCUCUGUACAUUCUGCCCUGGAAGGUAGAAUCCCUUCUUGUAUAAUAAUCGUCAUGACAUUUUUAUUGUAGGAAGGAUCUUUUUAGAGUAAAAAUGAAUUAGGCUGCUUUGGUUGUGUAUAUAUAAUGUAACAUUAGUAGAGGUGUAAAAAUGGUGACCUGAUGUUAGGGUUUGGUGAGAUCUGAUAUCUGGUUUGUUCUUGAAUUUUCGGUUGAUUCAAGGAGCUGAUGUUGCAGAGUACUGGUGUAGUCGAUGAAAAUCAUGAUUAAUGGAAGAUUCAAAGCCACAUUUUCUGGGCUUCUUUAGUGUUCUUGA